AGUGGAGGUCGUGCAGAGCCUCAGUCCAGGCUGCAGGGCGGCAGCAGUGGCUUGCAUGCCGCAGCUGAUGUCUCUUUAAGCGCAGGGCAGACAGCAGAUCUCCGAUCCUCCUCCACGGAGCGGAUUACGGCUACAGCUCAGCGUCUCCUGCUGCUACAUCACCAGCUGAUUCUGGGUAAACAAAGGCGAGCAGAAGCCUCUCAGCACCAUGGACUUCAACGUGAAGAAGCUGGCUUCAGACGCGGGGGUGUUCUUCACCCGGGCCGUGCAGUUCACAGAGGAGAAGCUGGGCCAGGCGGAGAAGACGGAGCUGGACCCCCACUUGGAAAACCUAAUAACCAAGGGGGACGCUACGAAGAACUGGACUGAGAAGAUCUUAAGACAAACAGAGGUUCUGCUGCAGCCCAACCCAAUUGAUCACACAGGCGCUCGGAUCGAGGAGUUCAUCUACGACAAGCUGGACAGGAAGCUUCCCUCUAGAACCACCAACGCCGAGCUGCUGGGCCAGCACAUGCUGGACGCCGCUAAAGAAUUUGGAGCAGAAACUCCGUACGGCAGCACCCUGAUCACCGUCGGAGAGUACCAGAAGAAGCUGGGAGGAGCCGAACGGGAGUUCCUCCACACCUCAGCCGUGACUUUCCUCUCUCCUCUGCGCAACUUCCUGGAGGGAGAUUGGAGAACCAUCUCAAAAGAGAGGCGGCUUCUGGAGAACCGACGCUUGGACCUGGACAUCUGCAAGGCCCGUGUGAAAAAGGCCAAGCAGGCUGAAGCCAAAGCAGCGGCUACACCAGAUUUUCAGGAGACGAGGCCCAGGAAUUACGUCCUGUCAGCCAGCGCAUCCGCGCUGCUGAGUGAAGAAGUGGACAAAGCGGAGCACGAGCUUCGAGUUGCCCAGACAGAGUUUGAUCGUCAGGCAGAAGUGACCCGCCUGCUCCUGGAAGGAAUAAGCAGCACACAUCUCAACCACCUGAGGUGUUUACAGGACUUCGCCGAGGCUCAGGCCACCUAUUACGCUCAGUGUCAUCACUACAUGCAGGAUCUGCAGAGGGAGCUGAACAGAUGUGGUAACUCCAGCGGUGCUCCCCAGUCCUCUGCUGCCGGCGCCGCCGAUGCAGCGUCAUCUUCUUUCCCCUCUGGGAGGUUGUCUCCAGGAGCCUCUGGCUCCCGGAAGGCGAAGGUCCUUUAUGACUAUGAUGCUCAUGAUGCAAGCGAGCUGUCGCUGCUGGCUGAUGAGGUAAUCACUGUGUACACCGUACCAGGAAUGGAUCCAGACUGGCUGGUUGGAGAACGGGGGAACGAGAAAGGCAAAGUACCCGUGACCUACCUUGAACUACUCAGCUAAUGGACCAUGUUGCAAACUCACUGAUUAAAACCCUUCUCGUUUCGUCACAUUCAUCUACACUCACUGUUAGCUUCACUUGGACAUUAUGUCGGCAUAUUUUCCAGCCUGUAACCACUGAAGAGUUGUAGGGUUUUAAUGAACGAUCUUCCUCUGAGAAAACAAUGCAGGGGUUACCUCUCUGAAAUGAACGGAUGCAAAUAGUAGAUGUAAGCCAGGAGUGUUUUAAAUCCUCUAAAAUCUUAGGCCCAGCCAGCAUGUGUAUGUGGGCCCAAUACGGUUCUGGUUAGGGUCAGUGAGUUCUAAGUGGACCAAAUGGGCAUCCCAUAGGGGACCUACUUGGGUUCAUAGCAAUACCAGAUGGUCCAAGUUGGGUUUUUACUGAUGAUUUCUCUGUUCACCCAAACGUUUUCUCCAAUAAACCUUAUGAGGCAGUUAUUAUGAGGCAAUUAAA